GUUCUGGAUUAAAUCUAAAUGGUCUGCUUAUUCUCUUGUACAACCCCUUCUUCCAAGAAACUUCCUAAAUUUUAUUCCUUAGAUUUCAACCACAAAUAGUGUUUUGUGAUUAUUUUUUAGGUAUAUAUUCCGUACAUGGAAAGGACAAUUCUUCUGAAUUCUCCCAGAUAUUCAUUCCUAGUUCCAUCCUUAUAAAUAAACACUUUGCAUAUGCAUGUAACUUCAAGAAGUCUUGAUAAUAAUACCACUUAUUAUCUGGUGUCCGAAAUUCACUGGUUCGAUUAAUCCUUAUUCGCGUUGUUCUAAGCCCGAUACCUUCAAAUUUGCACCAAGAUGUCUCCAAUCAACUCCAUUAAUUUGCCAAGAAUCUUCUCAAAGCUUGACAAGAAUGGUGAUGGACUCGUGAGUAUCAACGAGCUAAAGGGAUUUCUUGAUACCAUAGGCAUUAAUUCAAGCCAAGAAGAGCUUGAGUUGCUUGUUGGGAAAACAAGCCUAGACUCCAUUGAUUUUUUCCUCUUCUAUGAUGCCAUCACAAAAGCACAUAUUAAAGAAAGCAAGCGCGAAAAUAUUUUCCUGGAAAAUGAGUUACAGAAAGUCUUCAGAGUAUUCGAUUUGAAUGGUGACGGAUUUAUAUCUUGUGAGGAGCUGCAGAGUGCAUUGUCAAGAUUAGGAUUGUGGGAUGAGCAAUGUGGGAAAGAUUGCAAGAACAUGAUUAAUGUUUAUGAUACAAAUUCAGAUGGGAAACUUGAUUUUGAGGAGUUUAAGGAUAUGAUGUUAGAUAAUUAAGAAACUGUAAUUUAAAUUAUUAGAAAGCAAUCCCGCUUCCUAUCUACCAGAAAAAUGUUUAAUUAGUUGUAAGCAUUUGGAAUGAUGUUCAUGGUCUGCUGGGGAUUGUAGAUUUGUUAAACUUUGUGUAUUAGAUUUUUAAUACUCUAUAAUUUUACGCUGACGAUACAAGUGGAUGUCUAUGACUUUUCUAUCG